GCGAGGUGAUGCGGAGGCAAAGUGUUAAGCAUUAUAUUUAUUUUCUUGUUUCUUGAUCCAAAAUGACAAUCAUAAUAAAAUCUUUGUUCAUUCUCCCUCUAUUUUUUGUUUCUGGUUUUGCCAAUCUUUUGCCACAGCCAAACGUCUUCCAGCUUUUCAACCAGAAACAUGUACUUGGGCCUCAUGAAUUGUUUGGAAAUCCCUUUGGAAAUCCUAAUGAUUACAAGGCCGUGCAAAUACCUGAUGAUUUUGGGACUCCAAUAGGUAGUGGUGAAGAUGUUGCUGUCCCAGUACGAAAUAAGCCCCAACGUGCUACUCCUGAUGCUCCUUUGGCAACUCUUGGAUACAAAGGAGCAUGGGAGCUGGUUUCUCAGAGUUCUGGCGUCUCCGCCAUGCAUGCAAUCUUGCUUCCUAAAAUUGACAAGGUCUUGAUGUACGAUGCCACCAUUUGGAAGAUAUCACAACUCCCGUUACCUAAAGGAGAAUGCCGUGUUCUUAACAAAACCACUGGUGAAAAGGAUUGUUGGUGCCAUUCUCUCUUGUUUGACAUUAACACCUCAAAACUUAUCCCUCUUGAGCUCCACACGGAUACGUGGUGCUCGUCAGGAGGUCUUGACGUUAAUGGGAACCUAGUGAGCACUGGUGGGUAUCAAGGUGGUGCAAAUACUGUUAGAUACCUGGGCACAUGCGAAGGCUGCAACUGGAGAGAGUAUCCAACUGCACUUGCAGAUCGUAGAUGGUACUCAACACAAGCAGAAUUACCAGACGGUGGAUUUAUCGUGGUUGGUGGCCGCGAAGCAUUCAGCUACGAGUACAUUCCAGCGGAAGGGAAGUCCAAUGCGAAACCCUACUUCUUCGAUUUCCUCCGCCAAACAAGCGACCCAGAGGAGAACAAUUUAUACCCAUUUGUCUACCUUUCCACCGAUGGCAACGUCUUCAUCUUCGCCAACAGUCGCUCCGUGCUUCUCAACCCCAAGUCUAACAAGAUUGUCCGCGAGUUACCUGACCUCCCUGGUGGGCAUCGCAGCUACCCCGCCUCUGGAAUGUCCGCUCUCCUCCCAAUAAAACUUCACUCCGAGAAUCAAAUGCAGGUUUCAGCAGAAGUCUUGAUUUGUGGCGGUUCUGCACACAAAGACUCGUAUUCUAAAGCAGAGAAACAAGUAUUCUAUACUGCUCUUCAAGACUGUGCAAGAAUUAAAAUCACAGAUAAAAACCCUGUUUGGAGGAGAGAGCUCAUGCCAACACCUCGCAUUAUGGGUGACAUGAUGAUUCUUCCUACGGGAGAGGUCCUCAUACUCAAUGGCGCUAAAAGAGGAGCUUCAGGAUGGGGUUUUGCCCGACAACCAAAUUUGGCCCCAGUUUUAUAUAGCCCUAGAGCCAAGAGGGGUGAAAGGUUCACUGAGCUAGCACCUUCCACCAUUCCAAGAAUGUACCAUUCGACCUCUGCGGUUCUGCCAGAUGGGAAAGUCCUAGUGGGCGGAAGCAACACAAACAAUGGCUAUAUUUAUGACGCAAUGUAUCCUACUGAGCUGAGAAUCGAGAAAUUCUCUCCACCUUACUUGAAUCCUGCCGUGGCAAUGAGGAGACCUGUGAUUACGAGCGUGUUGGAAAAUCUUAAUUAUGGCGGUAGCAUAGAAGUCAAAAUCAAGUUAACUGGAUUCCAAGUGCAGCAACAAGAUAUCAAAGUGACAAUGUACGCUCCUGCUUUCACUACUCAUGGUGUUUCCAUGAAUCAAAGACUCAUCGACUUGGGAUUGAAAGAAGUUCAGAGCAAUGACAAACUAGGAUCCCACAAUAUUGUGGCGGCCACACCACCAAGCGGCAACAUUGCUCCUCCUGGGUAUUAUAUGCUCUCUGCUGUUUACCAAGGUGUCCCCAGCGUUGCCAAAUGGGUGCAGAUCAAGUGAAACUGCUUCAUGUGGUUCUUGGCUCCGUAUAUUUUCUUUCAAUUUCACGCUUCUGUAUCUCCUCUUUUCUUAUUAUUUUUUUUAUGUUGAUUCUGGAUUUUUUUGUCUAGACCCCGGUACCCAAGAUUAUAAUGGAAUUCACUUAUAUUUUGAGUUUUUAAUAGACCGGUUCUAAUUAAGAAUUUCCCUCUCUUUAAUAUUAAA